AUGAAUGACGCAUCCCUGGAUGACGGUGAGGAGAGCCACAGCAUUGAAGACCUCCUGCGGGCUUUGGAAAGACACCGUGUCGAAUGCGAGCAAGCUGGCAGGUACGAAGAGGCGGAGCUGGCACGCCUGCGACUGGACCAGCUGCGACAGCACGAGGCGCGCAUUCGCAGGUAA